GUGGCCCUUGAAGUCCACCUAAUAAGGACCUCUCUCUCCCAGUUUCUCUCUCUGUCCCUGCGAUGGCGCUGGACCCUGUCCUUGCCGAGGAGGGUCCCUGCAAGGGCGGCCCUCCUUCCUGCUCCAACGGUGGUCUCCCCGGGGGCGAGUCCGUCCCUGUCCGGCGUCGGGGGCGCUCCUCCUGCUGCGCCCGGACGUUGCUGUUCCUGCGGGGCAACCUGCUGGUGGUGCUGACGGUGCUGGGGGUGGCGCUGGGGGUGGCGCUGGGGAUGGGGGUGCGGCAGGUGGGCCUGGGCCCGGCGGAGGUGCUGCUCUUCGGCUUCCCUGGGGAGCUGCUCCUGCGGCUCCUGAAGAUGAUCAUCCUGCCGCUGGUGGUGUGCAGCCUGGUGGCCGGAGCGGCCAGCCUGGACCCGGCGGCGCUGGGGCGGCUGGGCGGCUGGGCCUUGCUCUUCUUCCUCCUCACUACCCUCCUGGCCUCCGCCCUCGGCGUCACCCUCGCCUUUCUCAUCCAGCCGGGACGCGGCGCAGCCCUCGCCACGCCGGGGCUCCUUGCCGGACACGCCGAAGACGUCCCUGAGGCCAAGGAAGUCGUCGACUCCUUCCUCGACCUCAUCAGGAACAUUUUCCCCUCCAACCUGGUUUCAGCUUCAUUCCAAUCGUACACAACCACUUACAAACUAAUUAAGAAGAACACAACAGAGGAAGUGGGCAUCAUCAAUGAAACCAUCACAGAGCUGAAGAUCCCAAUAGGCAAAGAGGUUGAAGGGAUGAAUAUCUUGGGCCUGGUGGUCUUUGCCAUUGUUUUUGGGAUUGCACUGCGGAAACUUGGGCCUGAAGGAGAGAACCUGAUCAAGUUCUUCAACUCCUUCAACGAAGCCACCAUGGUCUUGGUCACUUGGAUUAUGUGGUAUGCCCCCUUGGGUAUCAUGUUCCUAGUGGCUGGCAAGAUUGUGGAGAUGGAGGAUGUGGCCGUCCUGUUUGCCAGCCUGGGCAAGUACAUCUGCUGCUGCCUGGUGGGCCAUGCGAUCCAUGGGCUCCUUGUCCUGCCCGCCAUUUACUUCAUCUUCACCCGCAGGAACCCUUACCGGUUUCUCUGGGGCAUUUUCACUGCCUUGGCCACUGCCUUUGGCACCUCCUCCAGCUCUGCCACAUUACCUCUGAUGAUGAAAUGUGUUGAGGAGAAGAACGGUGUCUCUAAGCACAUCAGCCGUUUCAUCCUGCCCAUUGGAGCCACUGUCAACAUGGACGGGGCUGCUCUCUUCCAGUGCGUGGCCGCUGUCUUCAUUGCACAGCUCAACAACUUUUCUCUCAACUUCAUCCAAGUCAUCACCAUCUUGGUCACUGCAACAGCAUCCAGUGUUGGAGCAGCUGGGAUCCCCGCAGGAGGUGUCCUUACCCUUGCCAUCAUCUUGGAAGCUGUUGGGCUGCCAACUAAUGACAUCUCUCUCAUCCUGGCAGUGGACUGGCUUGUGGAUCGUACCUGCACUGUCUUGAAUGUGGAAGGUGAUGCCUUCGGUGCAGGACUCCUGCAAGUGUAUACUGAAAAGUCAAUGGGCAAGGCAGAGGCUGAGGAGCUGAUGGAGAUCAAGACGGAGCCCCUGGAUGGGAGCAAGGGAUUGGGGGCAGAGGAGGGAUCCCCGCUGAUCAAGAGAGACAGUCCUGCCCUCUUGGAGGGUGUCAAUUCUUGUGAAAAAGAAUCAGUGAUGUAAUUGAUGUAACCUGCGAAGAAAACAGACUUCUUGGGAGACUUUUUCUUUUAUUUCUCUUUAUUUUCUCUCCCCUUUUCAUGUUAGGGUUCCAGGUUUCUUUUGUUGUUGUUUUUAAAGGACAAUGUUCACAUCUGCUCCGCCUUUUAAAGACUCAAAUCUCCCCUAAGGGACAGUUUCUUGGGUGAUAGGGAACUUUUCAGUUAAGAUCCUGCUAAUGAAGAUCACGCCCUUUUUCGACGUCAGAUUCUUCACUCUUCCUACAAUGUGGUUCACUUUAAAAACUUUGUUUUUACAUUGCAAUGGCUUUAUGUUGCCUGGAAAUCACUCCGUUUUCACCUAGAGACUUUGUCCUCCAAGGGUGUGGGUAGUAGCACUGAAUGCAGCAGAGAAAAAGACAUUCUGCAUAAUCAUUUCAUUUUCCUGGCUGAACUUUUGUGUUUUUCAUUCACAUCAUGGAAAUUGAUGGCAGAACCCUUGGAGGUCUCUUAAUCACUCCUUUGCUUCAGCAGAUCCUCCAAGUAUCUUCUGCGCGUUGUUAAAGACUGGACCAAACAGAGAGCUGGAAGAACAGCUCUAUUCCACCCAGCCCAAUGUUUAGCCUCCUACUCAUGCCCUUUAUGUAUGGUAUUCCAGCUUGUUACUACUGCAGAAAAGAAGCCACUCGCUGGGUCAGAUCUUCAGAUUUUCUCCAUGGAAAGGGACGCCAGUGGGCGAACUGUGACCACCGUGCCAUUAUCAAGGAGAAACUGGAGGGGAGGGAAGCCUCUGCAUCACAACUGCUUUCAUAUCACCAUCUCCUGGAAUCCACAUUUUGAAAUUAGGAUCUCCUGGUGAACAGGGGCAUCACUGUUUCGUUUCGAGAACUCCCUUGACUGCUGGCAUUGCCAAAUCGUAUGAGUGGUUUGAAGAGCAUGUUGUUUCCCUGCCGGUGGGGUGUGUGCCCAUAUGUGAUGGUACUUCAGUGACAUGAUGUCGCAGCUCUUCGCAGCUCUGAUUUUUAAUUUAUUUCUGGAACUAUUUUUUUAAAGGUUGAAUGAAUGGUUUCUCUCUCCUAACCAGAUUUAUGGGAGAGACUUGUGGGAGUAGCUUUUCUUCUGAGAAUCAGAUUUAGCCUUGGGCUUCCUUCCUAUCAGGUGCUUCUUGUUAGUACUAGGCAUACAUUGGCCUUGUAAUAGGAGGCUGGUGACUGACUCUUUCUGGACCAAAUAUAGACCACUGUCUGGACUUCCCUGAACUAGCUUACAUGGCAGAUGCUUCAGUUUUUAGAGAGGAAGGAAGGUGGAAAUAACGUCAGCAUAUACUCAUUUUCCCCCUUCCUACUUUAGCCCCUGGACAUUGAAACCUUUUGUGUUUUUAAGGGUCUCCACAACCAUGAGGACUAGGAAUGUGUAGACUUGUUAAGCUUUUCUUGGUCACCUGAACACCUUGGAUUCUACAGAGGCAGAACACUUGUUUCCAUUUAAGUUGUGAGGUUUGUAUCUGGGUGGAUUUAGGAACAGAAUCCUGAUUCCUUUCCUUUUAAGAUUGCAUUCUGAGAGAUUUCUCACAGGUGCAAAUAUAAGUUCUGGCCUCUUUGUAGCUGCUUGAAGCCAAUAAGGGGAAUGCUUUGCAAUCCUGUUGUUUAGCGUAUUAAAAUAAGCCAACAAAAUAAGAGAAAUGCUUGAGAUUCAGUUUACACUUGAACUGGAGAUCCCAUAUAUCAAUUCAGGAUAAAGUCUGCUGUGUAUGUUCUUUGGGGGACAGCUGCCUGGAAGCUUUGUGCCAAAAAUACAAAGAGCCUCAAUUAGCAAAGUUGAUGCAUUCCUGAGCAUGACUUAUUUAACCGAACAUUUGGUACCAGAGGCAGAAACAACAUGGAAAAAAAUAGGGAUAUGUUCCUGUAUCACAAAAAAGAGCAGUUCCAACAUGUUUCAGCAACCCUUUUAUACAAAGCUAACAAUAUACGUGUGUGAAAUGAAAGAAAUGGAUCAAGUAAGCCUCACAUAAAUAAGCAUUUUGAACCUUCUAGUGACCACCUGAAGGUUUCUUCCAAGAUGCAUCCAAUGACAACUUUUUCUUUUACCAUCUUCCACUAUAUCUACCAUUUUGGUGUCACACUCCUAGAUCUAUGUGUUUUUAAGAUGCAAGGGGGAACUGGUGAGGCAGUCUUAUCUGGUUUAAUUUUUUCUUCUAUUCAUGUAUGCUCAGUAAUGGAUUUGAA